ACAAUUGAGAAAAAUUAACAAAGUUACGAUAUAAUUGGUCAUUUUUGAAAGUUGCGGCAUAGACCCGAAUUGACCAAACUUUAUUGAUUUUUUUGCCCUAUAAAUAACUGAAGUUGGUUUUGAAAAAUUUCACUCACUCACUCACUCACUAAGAAAUAUUUGUGCAACUUUGAAGCAAUGGCGAUCCAAGGAGUUGAGAUGGUUCAUCUGGAUGACAACAGCAACGUCGUCGUUGAAGAUCAGACGUUGUCAGUUGGCGCUUCAAGGUGGUGGGUGAUCGAUGGACCAGUGCCGGCUUCUCACGACAACAGUGGCAUAAACCAUCACUGGUUUCCUCAAGACUUUGUGUUUGGAACUGGAACUGCUGCCUUUCAGGUUGAAGGGGCUGCUGCCAAAGGAGGCAAAGGCAUUAGCACAUGGGAUGAUUUCACAAUGAGGCUUCCUUGGAAAAUAGCUGAUGGAUCUAAUGGAAAUGUUGCAUGUGAUAUGUACAACAGAUAUAAGGAAGAUAUUGCGAUGAUGAAGCAUAUGGGGUUUAAUUCGUAUAGAUUUUCCAUAUCAUGGCCAAGAAUAUUGCCUGCCGGAAGAUGUAGCGGUGGAAUCAACAAAAAAGGAAUUGCUUACUAUAAUGAUGUUAUCAACACUGUGUUACAACAUGACAUGACACCAUUUGUGACAUUAUUUCAUUGGGAUCUUCCUUUAUGCUUGGAGAAAGAGUAUGGUGGCUUCUUAUCCAAAAGAAUCAAGGACGAUUUCCGCGAGUAUGCAGAGGUAUGCUUCUGGGAAUUUGGGGACCGCGUGAAGCAGUGGACAACCGUGAACGAGCCAUGGACCUACGCGGUGAACGGAUACGUCCGAGGCUCCUUUGCACCGGGCCACAAAGUUCCUGUCCCGGACGAAAGACUUUCCACGAAGAUCGCCCCCUGUAGAGGCCUUCCACUCCUCAACUCUGCCACGGGCGACAAGUUCAUCAACGCUGACCCCUCCGAGGCGUACACAGUCGGAAGAAACCUUCUCCUUGCACACGCAGAAGCAGUCGAUCUCUACAGAAGCAAGUUUCAAGAGGCGCAAGGAGGGAAGAUAGGCAUAGUGCUGAAUUCCCAUUGGUUUACGCCCUUCGAUGAGCAUUCCGCCGCAGAUGUAGAAGCCGCUUUGAGGGGAGUGGACUUCAUGUUUGGAUGGUUGUAUCACGGAGGACUCAAACUUUGUCCUUUGGACUCAUGUAUUAACCACUCUACCGCUUGCCCAACUCGCAUACACAGUUCAUCACUUACUUAUAUAGUCGAAUCGAGAAAAAUAUUUGUGCAACUAAUUUGGGCAAUGGCGAUGGUGCAUCUGGAUGACAAUAACAAUGGCACCGUUGAAGAUCGGAAUUCGUCAGCUGGCGGUUCAACGUGGUGGGAUAUCGAUGGACCGGUGCCGGAUUCUAACGAUAACAGUGGCAUCAACCAUAACUGGUUUCCUCAAGACUUCCUAUUUGGAACUGGAACUUCUGCCUUUCAGGUUGAAGGGGCUGCUGCUAAGGGAGGCAAAGGCAUCAGCAUAUGGGAUGACUUCUCUAUGAGGCUUCCUUGGAAAGUAGCUGAUGGAUCCAAUGGAAAUGUUGCAUGUGACAUGUACAACAGAUAUAAGGAAGAUAUUUCGAUGAUGAAGAAAAUGGGGUUCAAUUCGUAUAGAUUUUCCAUUUCAUGGGCAAGAAUAUUACCAGCUGGAAGAUGUAGUGGUGGAAUCAACAAAGAAGGAAUUGCUUACUAUAACGAUGUUAUCAACACUUUGUUACAACAUGACAUAAAACCAUUUGUGACACUAUAUCAUUGGGAUCUUCCUUUGUGCUUGGAAAAUGAGUAUGGUGGCCUCUUAUCCAAUAAAAUCAAGGACGAUUUCCGCGAGUUCGCAGAGGUAUGCUUCUGGGAAUUCGGGGACCGCGUGAAGCACUGGACAACCUUAAACGAGCCAUGGACCUGCGCCGUGAACGGAUACGUUCAAGGCUUCGAUCCCCCGGCCCACAAAGUUCAUGUCCCGGGGCACAACCUUUCCACGAAGAUUGCUACCGAUUCCACCACCGGUGACAAGUUCAUCACCGCCGACCCCUCGGAGGCGUACACGGUCGCAAAAAAUCUUCUCCUUGCACACGCAGAAGCAGUCGAUGUCUACAGAAGCAAGUUUCAGGAGGCGCAAGGAGGGAAGAUAGGCAUAGUGCUGAAUUCCCAUUGGUUUACGCCCUUCGAUGAGCAUUCUGCCACAGAUGGUGAAGCCGCUUUGAGGGGAGUUGACUUCAUGUUGGGAUGGUUUUUGGAGCCUAUAAUGUACGGGCAUUACCCCAAAAGCAUGGAAGACUACGUUCCACCGGACAAUCUUCCAUUAUUCACACCUCAAGAAGUGAAAAGGAUCCAAGGCUCCUACGAUUUUGUUGGUCUAAAUUUCUACACGGCGCAGUAUGCUUCCGAUGAUCCACACCCUCCAAAUGGAGAGGGAUACUAUGCAGAUCAAAGGGUUAAGUAUUCCACAAAGAGGGGAGAUGAGUACAUUGGAACAAAGUCUGGAGCUGGGUGGCUUUACUCUGUUCCAAAGGGGAUUUAUGAGAUGCUCUUGUAUAUGAAUGACAAAUAUCCAGAGCUCAAAGAAAUAUACAUAACUGAAAAUGGGUUUUCAACUAAGAGUGAUCACACGAAGACAGCCAAAAUGGUGUGUGAUGAUGACCAUGAUAGGACUAAAUACCACCAAGAUCAUCUUGCUAACAUGCUCAAAGCAAUGAAACACAAAGACAUUUCGAGGAAACUUAAGGGAUACUUCGUGUGGUCAUGGUGCGACAACUUUGAAUGGGGCGAUGGCUACACAGUUAGGUUUGGGUUGAACUACGUAGACUACGUGAAUGACCUCACAAGGUAUCCUAAGAAUUCAGCCGCAUGGUUCGCUAAGUUUCUCAAGAGCAAAAGCCAGCCGCCCGCGUGGUUCCAUCCGUGGUGGGUCCCACGACCACUGUCUGAGAAGAGAAUGUAUGAAGAGAACGGAGAGAAUAUGAAUAGAGAGAAAAGACUCAAACUCGUGGAGGAUGUCAAUCAAGACUAAUGUUCAGGCACUGAUCCGAACAUUUCAUUGGAUGUAGCAUCUAUACGACUACGGUCGAGUUAAGCAUUAUGUUAUGUACGUUGUUUGUGUAUCUUUGAAUAAGGCAAUAAUAUGUUAUAAGUAGGUUUUCAAGCCCCUCUAUCAACUCUUUGUAUGUUUUUUUAUGAAUAUUGCAAGUAAUAAUUCAGUAGGUGUUAAUUCGCCUACUUUCUUUUA